AUGAUAACCGCCAUCGAAUACAUUAGUGCAAACGGUAGGUCUUUGAGUGCUAUACUAGAGGCAGAUAAGCCAGAGCCAAAAGUGGAGUGUUCUGUGAAAGAGGUCAUCAAGGGUAAAGGAACACGUGUUCGGGAAUGUAAGAGUGCUGCGCUAGAGGCAAAUGAGCUCGAGUUUAAGUCAGAAAUGUCACAGAUGAUCGAAGCGCCAGAGCCAUGA